AUGUCAUCCUUGAACGUGCAUGUUUGCCGCAUUUUUGGUUGAGUUUACCAGCAUUUUACGAGCUCAUAUUUGAUCAUGCAUCAUGGCGUUGAUCGUGUCGCCGCGCGAUGAACUCCACGAAAUGUUUUUCGCUUGUUUUUUUGUUUAAUUUUCCGCUGCGAUUUCGUUGGAAUAUGGUCGAGUCGUAGCGAGAAAUCUCCGAAUUGUUUGGUUACAAUCUCUUGUUUGGUUGUAGUUCAACCCUAGCUGGUGAUCCGAACUCAUUGUGACGAAAGGUUCAAACUUUUUUGGGGGGGCGCAGAGAUCGAUUCGAAGCUGGGAUAUAUGUACAGGAACCAGUUUAGGUCGGAUCGAUUGAACGAUCACGCCACCGCCGCCCGAAGGCCCGGCCGCGGCAGCGCCGGCGGCACGCACCGUUGCGUCGUCUCCGGCGGCCGCGGGAGCGCGGCUCCGGCCGCGCGGCCGCGAUCGCCGCCCUUCCGGAGCGGGAGGCCCGGGAGCGUCCAGCAGGAGUACAGGCCGAGGUCACCGGCGGGUGCACUAACCCAGGGGAAUGCCACUACUUAUGCUCCCUCCGCGAGUGCUGCCGCUGCUGGGCACACGGAGCCAAUGAGCCAAGCGUCUUUCGGGUCACUGGAUAAUGUGAAACCUUCCAAUGUACCCGCUCAGAGUGAUGUCCUGAGCUCAGUCUCUGCUGAAGGAACCUGGGUGGCUGAUUCCUCGUCCCCAACAGUACCCACAAAAGGAUAUUCGUCCACUGCAUUUACUCUUCAGUUCGGAACUUUUAGCCCAGGGGUUAUUAACAAGCAAUGUACUUCAUGCACAUCCUCAGUCCCUCCUGAUCAGAAUGGGAAGAAACAUGAAAAGGCUCACUGGUUUGUCAUGGACCAUCAUGGAUUAUCUGACAAGCCUUAUACAGUUUCCUCAUCUCCUGCCCAAGAGCAGCAAAAGCUAGAAACAACAGAUGACUUGGUUAUCGGAGGACAAACUGAUUUAAUUGACAAAUGUGAGAAUGUGCAUGUUCCUGAAUUGCACGAGAAGCCAAUGCUUAAUUCUGUUCCUCCACCUAGCAAAGUAUGCACGGAUUCAUGCAAGGUGUUGCCCAGAACUCCGUCUUCCCCAACCCAACAACAGUGCCAAAAUCAAGAAGAAAGAAAAGAGACCAUCAAUGCUAGCCGGUCUGACACUCUAUACAAAUAUCCUGCCACCAAGCCCAAGAUAACUGUACAGAUUCCAGCUCCGUAUACUCCCAACAUAUCACCGCCGCAAUUUAUGCUUCCAGUACCUGGGAGACCACUGCCUGUGGCUUUCCAGCAGAAACAACCUCAUGUGCCUGUUGAAUUCGGGGGCCCAGGUUUGCAAAUGCAGCCUAUUGGUUCUGUAUCCAGCUCCUUGCCUGUGAAAAUGGCUGUCCCUGUGGGUAAUGCACCUCACAUACGACCGCUGUUUGUUCAUGGUGCUCAGCCUCGUGCAUUGCAUCAGCAAACCUUCAUUCACCAAGGACAAGGCUUUGGAUGUGCUCCUCCAGCUAAUUGUCACAUUCCUCAGUUUGGCAACAUGAGGAUUGCACAAGAGUUAUCUCAACAACAGCCUAGAAGUGGUGAUGAACAGAAGAGAACUAUCAAGAUAACACAUCCAGAGACACACGAAGAGCUGAUUCUUGAUAGACGUGGUCAUUCCUUUAUGGGUGUUCCUGCUUCUGGGCAGAUGCCUCUGUAUAAUAUAAACGAGCUACCUCAGCCUGUUCAAUCAUUUUCUCCACUUCAGAAGGUGUAUUAUCCUAGACCAGGCACGUACAAUUCAGCACCUAUCUAUCUUCCCAACACCACUACAAUCCCCCUCUCAAGUAGGCAAACUUGCUCCAAAAUGCAGCCCUCAAUGCAUAGUUUCGAUUCCACUAAUAGCAACCAGCCAAUUACUUCCAUCAGACCUCCUAUGCCGAUCUCUUGGCUUGAUGCUAGUUCCAGGCCACCGAUUAGUUUGCAUACUGCGUCAGAAGUCUCCAGUUUCAAAGGCAGGCUUCCAUCAUGCUUAUCUGCUCCAGUUCAAGUCAAGCUAAAGCCGCCUAUUGCUUUCCCUGCUGAAAAGAAUGAGGUAUCAUCUGAAACAAGCAUGCCUACUUGUGUGGCAGAAACUCGCACAACAUUAAAGUAUUGUAGUGAAUCUGCCAUGUCAAGUCAGCAGAGUGAUCGCAAGAUUGGACUGCAAAUUUCUCCGGAACCUGCAAAAUUAGUUUGUGAAGGGAAUCUCAAAGUUCCAGUUGCAACUUUUGAUAUAAGUUGUAAUUCGAUAUCUCAGGCAGUUCCAACCCAGCAGGUACAGACUGGACAAGCUUCAGCAGAUCAUGUCACAUCAAUUGAAGGCCCUCAAACUAUCCCAACCAGUAACUUAUCUUUGCCAUCUACUGCAAGCUGUACAUCUUCAGUAAAAGGAAAACCAAUUGAGAUGGAAGAAUCACCAGUGAUUCCAACAACUUCAUCGUCCCAUGCAAAAUACAAAUCAUCUCAUACUGAGGCUUCUAGCAGAACUGACAGUGUUAUUUUGAUUGCAACUUCAUUAUGUUCUAAUACUGAUGGGACGUCACUGACUAACAGGAAUUCUAAAUAUGAUGGCAAUAGCAUUUUGGGGAAGCCUCCACUGAUAUAUACACAAGAAAUGCUGCCACCAAAGUUUGCAGGAUCUAGUACAUUUACAGAAGGCCUUAGAAAGGCGAAAGUGAAUCCAGAUCCCUUUCUAGAAAAAGAUUCUGAAGUUAAUGGUUCAAUUCCAUUGCAAAACCUGGAUUUUAUGAUAGAAGAACAUGUCGCAAAUGAUAAAGCGAUGUGCUCCAAGUCAAAGACAGAACAAGUAGAUGCAACCACGCCUGGUGCUGCCUGUGGAUUGGAGGAUGACACUGAUGUUGCCAAAUCUGUACGAUUUCAUUCAUGGCACGAAUCAGUUGAUUUGCUUCCCUCCGUAUCCAUUGAUGAUCUCCAAACAUCAAAUGAAAAUAAGCAACCUUCAUCAGAUGCAUACAUAGUAACAUCUGAAUCAGAGAGCAAGCAGAACUACAAUACAAUAGACUCUGCAAGGGAUGUCAUAAAUGCAACCCUUGUUUCCAAUUCAAUUAGCUCUCAGAAGAACAUGGGACAGGAAAGUAUUGAUUCAGAGAUAUCUAACCCUUGCUCCACUGCGGCUGCUUCAAUGGUGCAAAUAAAAAAGGUUGUUUUGGAAUCAGCCAAGGCCAAAAGUACUUAUGGACGGAAAAAAAAGCGAAAGGAGAUGCUUCCUAAGUCUACCGGACAGAAGUAUUCUGAUCUUGAUAGUGCAUCCAGUUCCCUGAAUGAGAAUGUCGAGAACUUUAAUACAUCAGAGGACGUCCAGAGUUCCUUGACAACUGACGUAAAGCAGAAGUGUACAUUAGAUGCUGAACAGGACAGUUCGACUGGUGGGAAUGAUAUCCAGAACAGGACUGACUUGUUCGACUGGGAAGACGUGAAUGAAAACUCUACUGAAAAGUUGGAAGUGUUUGGGUCUAUGCAUUCUGAUAGUGGAGCAGAAGUAAACAAAGAUGAAUUCGUCCACAAAAAGUAUUCUCGGGAUUUUCUUUUAACAUUUGAACAGAGCUGCAUCGAACUUCCUGCAGGUUUCAAGAUUGGAUUCGAUAUUUCUGAAGCAGUAAUGAGUGUACAUGUUGGUGCUCCAUUUAUUGCCAAUAGUGAACUCAAUCCAAACCAUGAAAGGAUAAAGGAUCGAGUUUCAGCAACUUCUCGAGUUAACCGUCAUAUGGCUGGCAAGUUUGAUGAUGAUAAGUGGAGAAAACAGUUCCCUUCUCCUGUUUCUGGACGCGAUUCACUUGUUGACAAUGCUCAUCGACCUUCCUCUUCGAGUUGGGAUGCACUACAGCGUGCUGGGCACAGAUCAACGAGAAGUCUUUUGCAGAACCAGCCAUUCAGCCAAUAUAGUGGUGAGAUGCUCUCCAGAGCUAUGAAAGUAGUAACUCAGCGCAGCAUGUCACGUGGUUCUGUUGAUGAGAGGUGGCAACAUAGAACUAAUGUUCAGGGUAUUUCAUCACCUUCUCAUGUAUCGAUGCCACUUAUGCACAAAGCUGAGAAAAAAUAUGAAAUUGGUAAGGUGUCUGAUGAGGAAGAGGCAAAACAAAGGCAGCUGAAAGCUAUUCUGAAUAAGUUAACCCCCCAAAAUUUUGACAAACUUUUUGCACAGGUGAAGGAAUUGAAUAUUGAUAACGUAGUCACACUUACUGGUGUCAUUUCUCAGAUAUUUGACAAAGCCUUGAUGGAACCCACUUUUUGUGAGAUGUAUGCAAGUUUCUGUUCCCGAUUGGCUGGUGACCUUCCAAAUUUUGUCGAGGAUGAUGAGAAAAUCACCUUCAAACGACUGCUUUUAAAUAAAUGCCAAGAAGAAUUUGAAAGAGGGGAGAGAGAGCAAGCUGAAGCAGACAAAGUUGAUGAAGAGGGUGGAACAAAACAAUCUGAAGAUGAGAGAGAAGAGAAACGGAUUCGAGCACGGAGACGCAUGCUAGGAAAUAUUCGAUUAAUUGGGGAAUUGUACAAAAAGAAAAUGUUGACUGAGAGAAUAAUGCAUGAAUGCAUAAAUAAACUUCUAGGUGAGUAUCAAAACCCAGACGAGGAAGAUCUAGAGGCUCUGUGCAAAUUGAUGAGCACAAUAGGUGAGAUGAUCGAUCAUCCCAGGUCAAAGGUGCAUAUGGAUUUUUAUUUUGACCUUAUUCAGAAACUGUCAGAAAAUUCAACGUUAUCAUCCCGUAUAAGAUUUAUGCUGGAAGAUGUCAUUGACCUUAGAAAAAACAAGUGGAGGCAGAGAAGGAAAGUUGAAGGGCCAAAAAAGAUUGAGGAGGUCCGCAGGGACGCAGCAAAACAGAAGUUGGUCCAAUCAACUAGGUUUGGUUCUUCUCCUAACUAUAACUCAUCUGUUACCUGCAUUAACUCUGGGUUAAGACCAGGGCCUCCAUCAGAUAAUAGCAUGCGUGGAUCUUCUGCGCUGACUUCUCGUGGAUCCUCUCAAGUUCGUACUUAUGGAUCCCAGAAUGUUAAUCUGGAUGCUAGAUAUCAGCCUUCAAAUAGAGCCUCGCCAGUUCCACUUCAUCAAAGGCGUGCUGAUAAGUCCAUUCACCUUGGUCCUCAAGGUAACUUGGGAAGAGGAAUGUCGCUUCGUGGGAAACCACCAGUUUUGCCAGAAGUUCCUUUGAACAGUCGUCAUGGUCAAACAUCACAAAACUCAAGAGAAGGUUCAAGCACUGGAGCAGCUAGUAACCGAACAAACCUCAAAGCCAGUACUGAUGCUCCUACAAAUCAAUCCUGGGGAACGGUAGAUCAUGAUUUACCUUCAGUGUCGACUGUUGACCAAAUGUAUACAUCCUCCAUGAUCCGCAAGGAGAUGUGUGCUGAAGCGCAGACAUUCCCUGAAGAGGUUCUUCAGGAAAAAUCAAUAUUAACUAUAAAAGAAUUUUACAGUGCCAAGGACGAGAAGGAGGUCACUCUGUGCAUGAAAGAACUGAAUGCUCCCAGUUUCUACCCUUCACUUGUGUCACUUUGGAUUAACGACUCGUUUGAAAGGAAAGACCUGGAAAGGGAACUCCUGGCCAAACUUUUGGUAGACUUGUGCAAAUCUCAAGACAGUUUGCUGAGCCAGAUGCAGCUACUCCAGGGGUUCCAACAUGUUCUAUCUACCUUGGAAGAUGCUGUGACCGAUGCUCCGAAAGCGACCGAGUUCCUGGGGCGGAUAUUUGCCAAAUUCAUUCUGGAAGACGUGAUCUCGCUGACGGAGAUAGGAGGGUUGCUGCAGGAGCGGGACGGCGGAGAAGAGCCGGCAGGGCAUCAUCAUGCCUUGGACGACAACCUUGCGUCUGAGGUUCUGGGGAGCAUGCUGGAGUCCAUCAGAGUGGAGAGGGGCGACACUGCUGUCGACGAAAUCCGCGCGAAAUCCAACCUGCAGUAUUUCAGACGCCCUGGGGUGUGCAUCUGAUCAGGACAGGGAGGCAAGGUGCUUAGAUUGUUAGUGUUUCUUUUGGUAGGUCGUUGGGAAAAUAACCUUAGAAAGGUUAGACGAAAUUUUGCGUAUCUUUGUUUCCCUUAAGUUUAUCACUAGUACUGCAGAAGCACUUGUUAAAGUUUCAGGCAUAGGCAAGUCCUUAGGCUGCCUUAUAAU